CUCAACAGAAGGAGGCCAACUAGAGGUGGGAUCAGGAAAAUGGCCCAUGGUGUAGCUCUUAGAGGAACCGUGAUCAAAGCUUCGUGUGGCAAAGGAUACUUUUUAAAUCUGAAUUCAAACAGGUUGAAGAGUGUUCCUGAGUAUGUUUCCCGAUUCCCAAACCUCUCAGUCCUUCUGUUGUCCCACAACUCCAUCUCUGACCUCCCAACCCAACUCCAGUCUCUACGUCACCUAACAGAGCUGAAUUUGGGAAAUAAUGUCCUGAGGGAGUUUCCUGUAGUCCUCAAACACCUGGAUUCACUGAGAAAACUCGACUUGUACAGAAACAAAAUUGAUGUGGUGUCACCUGAUGCAAUUGGUAACUUAGGAAACCUUGUUGUCCUCAAUCUCGACCACAACAACAUUCAAAGGUUACCACCAGAAAUUGGCAGGCUGAGAAAGCUUCAGCACUUCAGCAUGCUUGACAACAAGCUGGAGGAGCUUCCUGGUGAAGUUGGUUGUCUUAAAGCGCUGUCUGAGCUCAACCUUAACUAUAACAAUCUCUCAAGCCUACCCGAGCAGCUGUACUUUUGCAGAAGCCUCUUAAAGCUGUACGCAGCCAGAAACAGGCUGACCAACCUGCCAGAGGGAAUAACAGCUCUUGUUAAACUCCAAGUUCUGGAUGUGGCUGGGAACAGGCUGUCCAUGUUUCCCAUAGAGUUCCACCUGAUGCACCUGACGGAGCUGUACUGUGACGGGAACUGGCUGAUUAAACAUAAACCGGUGCCAUUACUGCCGAAGCCUCAGAUGCUGUCACUGAAGGAACUGGCCGCCAGGCUUGUUUUGUUAGAAGUCAGAAAGGAGAUCUCUCUGAUCAAACCGAGUCUUCCUCACUACCCAGAGCUGAACGACCUGUUGUCCAGCAGCAAGUGUUGUACGGAGUGCCAUGGGCCCUUCCUCAGUACAUGGGUGGAGUGCGUGCAUUUUGUCUCUCUGAAGAAGGAGAUGAACCUGAGGAGUCGGCUCACUAUUCCAGUCCGGGCUCUCCUGUGUUCAUACAACUGCUUCAGAGCAGAAGGACCCUGCUACUAUGGCGUUGAGAUGAAAUAAAUGCAGGACUACUGAA